AUGUUUGCACCUGGAGAUCUUUGGUUGGUCUCAGCCCCAGGUGAAAAAACUCCUCAAGAUACGUGGGACAAAUUGAAUCGUGCAACUGGCAAUUUAUCGAAUAAUUAUAAGUUCAACAUUCCUGAUUUGAAGGUAGGGACUUUAGACCAGCUAGUAGGAUUGUCAGAUGAUCUUGCAAAGCUUGAUACGACAGCUGAACAAGUUACGCAUAAAUUGGCAAAUUACUUUGGUGAUGUUUUGGAAGACGAGAGGGACAAACUCGCAGAUAAUUUGAUCGUUAAUGGAAAAGAUAUAAAAACGUAUGUAACCAAGUUCCAGUGGGAAGGAGCAAAGUAUCCAUUAAAACAGUCUUUGAAGGUUCUUAGCGAGAUUAUUGGGAAGCAAAUAACGCAAAUCGACAACGACUUGAAGACAAAAGCUACAGCUUAUAAUAAUUUGAAAAAUAGUUUAGCAUCUAUUGAUCGUAAGGCCACAGGUAGCUUGAUAACGAAGGACCUUUCUGAUAUUGUCAAGGCUGACGACUUCGUCUUAAAUUCAGAGUACCUACAAACGCUUAUGGUCGUGGUACCAAAGCAGUUGGAGAAGGAAUGGCGUGCCAAGUAUCAGACUCUGACAGACAUGAUAGUUCCUGGUUCGUCCAGGCUCAUAACAACCGAGGGUGAACAUAUGCUUUUUUCGGUCACUUUAUUCAAAAAGGUGAUUGAUGAAUUCAAAAAUCACUGCCGCGAAAACAAAUUUGUUGUUCGCGACUUUGUUUACGAUGAGCAUUCUCUUAAACUUGGUCGUACAGAGCGAGACAAGUUGGCGCAGGAGAAGCAGAGACAGUAUGCUUCAUUAGUACGUUGGUUGAAAGUGAACUUCGGUGAAAUUUUUGUGGCAUACGUUCACGUUAAGGCACUCAAAGUUUUUGUAGAAAGCGUAUUGAGGUAUGGAUUGCCUGUUAAUUUCCAAGCUGCCGUUGUGGAGCCGUCGAAAAACACCUGGAAGAAGCUACGUGCUGAAUUACAUAAACUGUAUGUUCACUUAGAUGCAUCUGCUGCUGGCCCGAUUGAGACUUUUGAAGACAGUCCUGCUCUGAUGUCUUUGGGUGUUCACGACUACUAUCCGUACGUGUUUUUCAAAAUGAAUAUAAAUUUUGUCGAAGCUAAGCGCUGA